AUAGUUUUCCUUUUUUCGAACUGAGCUGUCCCUUUUUCUCUCCAACCCUCGUUCGUUUCAGUCUCCCCUCUCGCUGUCGACGAAUCGUUUAGAUGUUCUACCUUAGCUUAAUUGAGCACACACUGCGUUUGCCGCCUCAUCUUCUGGACCUUCCUCUCAAUGAAGCCAUCAAAGGAGAGCUUGAAAGUCUCUUCUUAGAUAAGGUUAUUGCGAAUUUGGGGCUGUGUAUAUCAGUUUAUGAUAUCAGAUCCAUUGAUGGUGGUUUCGUCUUUCCUGGGGAUGGUGCUUCAACCUAUACGGUGGAGUUCAGACUGGUUAUGUUCCGUCCAUUUGUCGGGGAGAUUAUCACUGCAAAACUUAAAGAAUCCGAUGCCAAUGGCUUACGAUUAUCUCUUGGAUUCUUUGAUGACAUCUACAUUCCCGUCCAUCUUAUGCCAAAUCCAUGCCAUUGUGAGCCCAACCCAGAAAAGAAGAGUCAAGUCAUAUGGAUAUGGGAUUAUCAAGAACAAAAAUUUCCUAUAGAUGGGAUAGAUGAGAUAAGGUUUCAAGUUCAGAGUGUGAGUUAUCCUCCAAUUCCAGUUGAGCAACCAAAAGAAUCAAAGCCAUUUGCCCCUAUGGUGAUUAUGGGAUCACUUGAUUAUGAUGGUUUAGGUCCUGUUUCAUGGUGGUGAUCUGUUAAAACUUAAAAAGGAAGCAGCAGCAGGAACAGUAUAUGAAAUCAUAUCUCUAGCUUGAUUUAAUUUUCAGAUCAUAGGAGAUAAAAUAGAAACAGUUUCUCAUUUUGGUUGAAAGAAAAAAUGCUAUUGAUCUAGCUCUUUUUUAUGUCAAUUCGGUAGGUAAACAGCCUUGGAACUUGGGACACAUUCAUAAUUAUCUCACUUUUGGUGGAUUUUUUGUCCCUUAAUAGGGCCA